UCUUGUGUCUCUAUAUUCUUUUGCUUAAUUUCUAUAGCCAUUUAUACUGAAAAUGGAAACUCUUCGUAAACGUAUCAGAGUGAAGACAGAUGUUAAAGAGCCGAUCCCAUUGAACGACAGUUUGGAAAAUCAACCUUUGAGUCCGGUUGCUCGUAUGUUUCAUGAACCUGAUUCCAACGUCUACAUUAUUGCCAUAAUUGGAGGGAAGACAAAAAUCAACCCCGAAGUUGUUAAAGAAAGGUUACCGCAUACUUUACUUAGGCACCCUCGUUUCUCUAGCUUGCAGGUUGCGGAUGAGAAGAAUGGUGGGAGGCUAAUAUGGGUUCCAACAAAGGUGAAUUUAGACGAUCACGUUAUAGUACCAGAACUAGAUCCAAAUAGCAAUGACUCACCUGAUAAGUUUGUGGAAGAUUACGUCUCAAACCUGAGCAAGAAUAGAAUCAAAAUGUCAAUGCCAAUGUGGGAUCUCCAUCUCCUUAAUCUUAAAACCUCUGAUGCUGAAUCUGUCGGUGUGUUUCGAAUACAUCAUUCUCUUGGCGAUGGUGCUUCUCUCAUGUCCUUGUUCCUUGCUUCUACUCAAAAGGUUUCUAACCCAGAGGAACUUCCCACCCUUCCAUUGUUUAAGAAAGUCAAUUUCAGCAACUCAUCUGGAGGGUUCUGGGGAAAACUAAUCAAAUUAUGGUUGGUUAUGUCGCUGUUUUGGAACACUCUUGUUGAUGUUGUGAUGUUUCUUGCUACGGCAUUUAAGCUCUUAGGGGAUACGAAAACUCCCCUCAAAGGGACCUUGGAGACUGGCUCUAAUCCUCGACGAAUUGUUCAUAGAUCGGUCUGUUUUGAUGAUAUCAAGCUUGUAAGGAAUGCAAUGGGGAGUACAAUCAAUGAUGUUAUGCUAGGAAUCACCCAAGCUGCUUUGUCUCGUUAUCUCAAUCGAAAAUAUGGGGAGAGUAACAAGAUUGACGAGGGAUCAUCAGAAAGAAGUAACAAUCUCCCAAAUAAUAUUUGUCUUAGAGCAACUUUUUUCAUAAACAUUAGGCCAAUUCCAGGGAUUCCAGAGCUAGCUGAUAUGAUGAAGAAGGGUACUAAAGCAAAGUGGGGUAACCAGAUCGGUUAUUUGAUCUAUCCUUUUACAAUUGGAUUACGAGAUAAUCCAUUAGACUAUCUUCGAGAAGCUAAGGCUACCAUGGAUAGGAAAAAAAAAUCUCUAGAGGCUUUAUUUUCCUAUUUUUUUGCUAAAUAUUUUCUCAAGUUUUGUGGUAUGAAGUUGGCUAGCUUUCCAUCUCAAACAACAUUGUGGUUCUCAAAUAUGCCUGGACCCCAAGAAGAAAUCAGUUUUUAUGGCCAUCCAGUGGCUUAUUUAGCCCCAAGUUGUUAUGGACAACCCAAUGGAUUGAUGAUUCAUGUUGUCGGUUAUGCCAACAAGAUGACUUUCGUGUUAUCAGUUGAUGAUGGCAUAAUUCCUGAUCCUCAUCAGCUAUGUGAUGACCUUGAAGAAUCUCUCAGAAUUAUCAAACGUGCAGUCAUUACUGGAGGACUGGUUAAGAAAGAUGUCAAUUGAUGGGUGAACUAUAAAUAAAAAGACCAUGGAGAGGAAGGCUUAAUGUCAUAUCUGUCUAAAUAAAUUUGAUUUUAGGAUUUAUAAUUGAGUGCUUGUAAUAACGUUUCAGAUUGUCCAUUGUCUAAAUUAAUGCAAUUAUA